AUGGAGUUGCCGAAGGAGGAGAAUCAAUUGGCAGUUACUACCAGCUCUGCGACGUCGUAUCAUGACUUGUUGCACGCACAGCUGGGUCUUUUCAAGAGCCAGGUUGAACACCUCGAAAAUAUUGUCACCACUCAAUGCGAACUCACUGGUGUGAAUCCGCUCUCUCAAGAAAUGGCUGCUGGAUCGCUAUCAAUUAAGAUAGGUAAGAAACCCCGAGAUUUGCUGAAUCCCAAGGCUAUUAAAUACAUGCAAUCAGUAUUUGCUCUAAAAGAUACUAUUAGCAAGAAGGAAACACGGGAGAUCAGUUCUCUUUUCAGAAUUACAGCCACACAGGUUAGGGACUUCUUCAAUAAUAAAAGAUCACGAGUGAGGAAAUUUAUCACAUUGUCAAGAGAGAAGGCAAACAGAUCCACUGCCUGCAACGAGAUACCCGAUGAGGCCCCCUCAACAUCAAAUCCCAAUAUACCUAUUGAACCUGUUCCGAUACACAGUGUAGUUCCUAUAAAUAUUGAGGAAGGACCUUCUUGCUCAACACAGGAUGAGGUCCUUUCUCACGUGGACAACUCAGAUAGAUAUUUCGUUGACAAUAUAUUUAGUUUAAUGAGGAAAGAAGAAUUGUUCUCGGGGCAGGUUAAAUUGAUGGAGUGGAUCCUGCAAAUACAAAAUCCUUCAGUGCUAUAUUGGUUCUUAACUAAUGGCGGCGUGAUGAUUUUAGCGACAUGGCUAAGUCAAGCAGCUUCAGAAGAACAGACGAGUGUUCUUAAUGUUGUUCUCAAGGUACUUUGUCACUUGCCUCUGAUGAAGGCCCUCCCUGUACAAAUGUCAGCCAUAUUACAAGGCGUUAAUAAGCUGCGGUUUUACAGUAAAUCAGACAUCUCAAACAGGGCAAGAAUGCUAUUAGCCAGAUGGAGCAAGGCGUUCGCAAAGAGCCAGGCUUUGAAGAAACGCAAUGGGAUGAAUUCGGCUGCUAAUGCACAGGAUGAGAUGCUACUGAAGCAGAGUAUUGAUGAAGUUAUGGGCAAUGAAGCAAGAGAUUCAAAAGUUGACAACUCUGCUAAUGCUCUAAUAUCCUUUGAAAAUCAAGACAACUUAAGGAAGCUCAGACCUUCUCAGCCACCAAAAAUGAUCACUGCGUCAACAGAUGACUCUAACAAAAGGCGAGGUGUUUUAUCAUCACAAGCACAAAAGCGCAGAAAAGUUCAGAUGGUGGAGCAGCCAGUCCAAAGAACAGGUGUAAGGAGCAGUCCUCAGGUUGCAAAAUCUGUACCUGCAACUCAAAGCCGCCCACUUUCUGCUGAUGAUAUACAAAAAGCAAAAAUGCGUGCUCAAUUCAUGCAGAAUAAAUACGGUAAAAGUAUUACAUCUCCCGAUGAAAGUCAGAAAAAAUCUCUCUCUUCACAGGCUAGUCCUUCAGUACCCAAUGCAUUUGUUCGCCCUAAACUGGAGGAACAGAAGAAACUUGAUAUAGCUUCCUCCAAGGUGGCUACUAAGCAGGAAACUCCUCGAGAUGUCACAGUGAAUGUCGAUUUGGAUCCUCCUAGGAAAAAAUGUAAUAACGUUCAGAUCCCAUGGCAGACACCUCCAGAAAUCAAAAUUAGCGAUUCUUGGCAUGUCGGCAUUGGUGAAAAUAGCAAGGAAGUUGAAGUGCAGAAAAAUAGAGCGCGGCGAGAGAGAGAAGUUGUUUACAGGACAAUUCAGGAAAUUCCCCCAGACCCGAGGGAACCUUGGGAUGGGGAGAUGGAUUUUGAUGAUUUGCUAACCCCAGAAAUACCCAUCGAGCAAAUGCCUGAUGUCGAACCAUUAGAAGCACCUGUGGAAAGCCAAGAAGUGGCAGCAACCACUGCCUCUACAUCGUCACAGAAUGUCAGUGGGGUCGGUAUGCCUGAACCCGACCUUGAGUUGCUUGCUGAAUUGCUUAAAAAUCCGCAGUUGGUUUUUGCCCUGACUUCUGGCCAGGGUGGUCCAUUAUCAAGUGGCGAGACUGUUAAGCUGCUCGAUAUGAUAAAAGCGAAUGGAGUGAACUCUUCGAGUAGUUUAGCAGCUCUAGGCACAAAAGCUGAUAAUAAGGUUGAAGUGUCUCUUCCAUCCCCAACUCCCUCCAGCAAUCCUGUAACGGGUGGAUUGAAGCCUGAUUUUUUGAGAAAUCCAUUUUCACGGCAGAACGCAGUAGCAAACGGUAAUGCACACAUUCCGGCAAGCAGCUUAAAUCAUUCAAAGAUUCCGGCCAACCUCGUCUUGGCAUCUCAAUCGUCUGCUGUUCAGCAGUUGGUCCACCAACACCAAGUGGUACCACCAGCAUCAUCUUUUCGAACAGCUUCUCAACAAUGGCACCUACACAUAACUUCGGCCAACACAAAAUUAGCCUCGGAAAUGAUGCCAAACACUAAUAAUUUAGCUAAUUCUACCUUAGGUAACGCUCAGCCAUUGCCGGGUCCAGUUAUGUCAACAUUAACUGAAAGACAAAUUUCAUACGGGCCUGAGCCCCAUUACCGGGAAAUCGCACAAUCAAAUUAUUAUAAUGCUUACACCAGAGGACCUCUUCAGGCUUCUGAAAGAAAUCACUUAGAGGAGGCACCUAAGUUUGAGACGUGGAGCCCGGAAAAUAGUCCGAUGAGGUCUCAUGGAUAUGUCGUGGGCCGGAAUCAACCCCAACCAAUAAUGAACUCGAGACAUGGUUAUAGAGCCGAAGGGGCAAUGCUGCAGGAUCCUUUGCAGCCAUCAGGCUAUCAGGAUCAUGGUCGAGGUGGGAACAGAGGAUGGCACGGUGGGAGAAGAUAG